CAGAGCUCCCCGGGCCUCGCUGCCGCCUCAGCCAAACUGAGGGGCUGCGGCUCCUUAACAACGGUGUCUCCCUCCGCCCGCCGCCCUGGCCCAACCGCCUCUCAGUGGUGGCAGCCAGCUUCCCCGAGGAGCGGCACUGAGAGUUGUCUGGCAGAAGAGGUGGGGAGAUGGUACCUGCGCUUUGGUGCCGGGCCUGUUCCCCCUCAGCACUGCCGUCCCCUCCGCCAUGACCGCAGUGCCAGCGUCUGGGCGGCUGGAGUCGAUACCCGGGUCCUGUUUCUGACUUACGUCGUUUUCGCCCCCUCCGAAGGUCUUUCAAGGAAAUUCUUUCAAGGUUUCAAAAUACUGUUAAUUACUAUGCCCGAAAACAAGAAAAUUUCUCCUACUCCUGCUCGAGGUGAUCAAAGCAAGAUAGAUGGAGCAUGUUUCAAAGCAAAGGCUCUCAGAGUGGCAGCACGGUCAAGGACAUAUGGAGACCAUGCACAGGGGUUGGUUCUAUUUGGUCCCCCGAAGGAAGCUGUUGAAAUUUUUCAAGAAAGUGAAAUGACAAAUACUGAAGAGGUAAAUAAAGGUAUUUACUUUGGCUACCCAUGUCGACGUCGCAGCUGUGCUAUAGUAAAAAUCCCAGCACCAUGUGUCAACAAAAUGAUUUCACACAUCCAAGAUGUGGAGUCCAAAAUACAGGAGCAUUUAAAAAAGUUUGAAACUUCUUUUGAAGAAUGGAGCAGAACUUCUUCCACAAAAGAUCUGAAAGAAGAUAGGGGUACUACUACACCAGUGGAAGAAGUCAAACCAGAAGAAAGGAGAGAUGAAACGUGUCCAGAAUUAAAGCAGGAAAUGGAAACAUUACUAUCAGAGGCCAUCCAUCUCAUUAAAAGUCUAGAAACUGACCGGGCAGAAGCUGAAGAAGCUUUACAGAAACAAAGAUCAAGAAAGACACUGCUAAACACAAAAAUUGACUCUUGGUCAAUCUGGAAACUUGAAGAACUCCCGUUAGCUGUGCAGAGAGAACACGAGGCUUAUUUAAGAGAUUUUAUAGAAUUACGAUGGCAUCUUGAAGAUAAAGUUAAUAAACUAAAACAUUUUGAGGAAGAAAAGAAACAGUUAGAAGAAGCGAAUGCAAAGAUUCAAGCAGACGUAUACUUCAUGAUUGAGCGUGGCCCUCUGCUGAAGUUAAAACAGGACCAAGAACUUGUAGCCCUAAAUAAAAUUUACACACAAAAAAGAGAGGUAACGGAAAUAUUUGAUCAGACUCAUGACGAACUUGAAGAAACUUCAGAAAACUGCAAAAAUACCAAAUUGAAGGCUAAGCAAGAUAAAGAAGAAAUGGAUAAAGAAAUUCACAAUUAUGAACUAAACUUAGAGGCCUACAGGAGAGAGCUAGAAAAACUUAGCAAUCUAUAUGUUCACUACUCUUCAUCAAUACACAGUAUUACUGUUGACAUGGAGGAGAACGAAGAGGUGGUGACUGAAGUAAUGAAAGAAGCAAAGUCAUCAAAGAAUGAAGUAUCUGCUCUAUCAAAAACACUAGAUGAUUUGAGAAAAACUUAUGAUCAACUAACCUGGAAAAAAAAAAUGUUUGAACAGGAAUAUGUGGAAGCACUUAAUGAUUUUUAUGCCACAAAAAAAACAUGCGAUAUUGAGCUUUCUAAUGUCACAAAAGAUUAUGGAGAUAUUUCAGUAGUACAUACUCAACUGUCAGAAGAAAAUAAAAAACUUUUGAUGGAUCUUAACGCUGUAAAAGUUAAAAUCAGUGACAGUAUAAAGAAGAAAACAGAGUUUGAGUCUGAAAUCAAAUAUUUGACAAGAAGGAAGGCAGUGAAUGAGGAUAUUCUAAAAGAACUCUAUAAGGAAUCUUAUCACGUUGGUGCUGUUUUCCAUGUAACCAAACAUAACACAGAUGAAUUGGAAACUAAAAUAGCAGACGUGAGAAGAAAAUUCAAGGGUAGAGAAGAAUUCUUGAAAAAACUCAUUCGAGCUGAAGUGGCUGCUGGAAUAAUGAUUCAGAAAAAAAUAUAUGCCAUUCAGGAAGAGCAGCUACUGGAGAAGCAGGAACUCGUGAAACAGAAAGCCAUAUAUGCCCUGGCACUGGAAGAAGCAGAGGUACCUCUGCUUAAACUAGAAGAAGAGGCUUUAAGAAUCAGAACAGCCCACCGAGAACAGUCUGACGCACUUUAUAAAAUAAUUGAGAAGAAAAAUUAUGUUAGAAAACGUGUGGCAAAAACAAAGAAAAAAUUGCGAAAAAAGGAGAAGAAAACCCUUGACGCACUAACAGAAACUGAGGAUCAACGCACAGCGAUUUCUCAAGAAUUAGAACUAGUAAAAGCUAAAAUAAUUAUUUGCCGAGCAAAAAUUCGUGAAUUGGAUGAGGAAUUAAGAACAAAAGAAUCGAGAAAAAGAAGUUUCGAUCAGUCACUUAACAUUCUAAAGAAGCAAUUUAUAUAUGUGAGAUUUAAAAAGGAACACGCACAAGCUGUGUUCGAUCAUUACAUGCAAGAGA